AUCACUGAAAAGUUCGCACCAACACGUGCAGAAGACGUAAUCCAAAUCAAAUGUAAUCACCCUGUUGAGUACAUUACCUCUGUUGACAUACAGUAUGUACCGCUAACCCUUAACACAAAAGCAAGUAAUGUUUAUCAACGUAAGCAUUUUCUGUAGCUCCUGAAAGAUCUUUAGAUAGAGUAGAUUUUGUGAAAUUAGGGUUUAGGCUAUCCUUUUUACUGACGUGACAUGGGCAAACCCUAUGGUAGAUUAAUUGCCCUUUACACGCCCCCAUACCCGACAAGUUGUCUUUCUACCCCUCCGUAAUAAAUUAUUUUCUCAGCAACUGACCAACUCCCUAGGCGACUCAAUCUCUGCGCUUGUCGGGUUGAUGAAAGGAACCCUUACACGGAAUAGAAAACGAAUUCAAUAGACGCAAGCAAUCUAGAAUAUUUUCUUCUAUUCUCUUUUUACCUGGGAGAUAUUUUCCCAGUGCAAUGGAACCGUGGAUGUUAUGGGUAUUUUCAUUAUACGGAGUUUUACAUGGACAAGACCACCCAGCCUCUCCCAAAGUGGAGGAUUGCUGUUAUGACGGGAGACACCGGGCUCUGGGUGGUGAAGACUGUACAGUCCUUCCUCUCAUCGCUUCCUCUCACAUCUGUAGGAUUGCUCAGGAGCAGUGUUGUUCAGCUGCAGCCGGGAACACAUUGUGUACCACCGGCAUCAAUCUGGCCAAGGAACAGGGGGCUUGUGUGGUGCCUUUUACCCAAGAGGACCCCUUCGAAACCAAGACCACCAAGAUGUGUUGUGACUGCUGCCUGCUGGGCCUGAUGUCCGCUAGCAGGGGUUAUGGCUGUGAGCUGGCCCUGGACAUGGGAAAACGGUGUCGGGAGACAGCCCAGGCCUGCUGUGGUGGGGUACAACCGGGGCACAACAACACUGUGGCUGGAACUCUAGCCAAGACUGAUUUGAACCAUUCACCUGGUGACCUACUGGCACACCAAUGCAAAGUAGGAUCCACCAAGUGUUCACAUCUGUGUGUGGGCAAAGACACGUGUGCUUGCUUUGAUGGCUACCACCUCCAACCCGACCAACACACCUGUGAGGACAUUAACGAGUGUUUGAAUGGGUCUCACAACUGCGGCGCUGGGCAGAGUUGCAUCAACACAGAGGGCUCUUAUCGCUGUCAGCGUGACACCAACUGUGGCACAGGCUACGAGCUCACAGACGCCAACAUUUGCCUCGACAUUGACGAGUGCGCUCUGGGCACCCACAACUGCGGCGGGGACUUUGAGUGUAGGAACAGGGAGGGGUCGUUCCGCUGUCUCCCGCGGGUGCCAUGUGGAGAGGGCUACAUCCAGGACGCUGUGGGGACCUGUAUCGACAUCAACGAAUGUUUAACCCAGUCCAGCCCGUGCCAGCCGGGCCAGACCUGUAUCAACACAGUGGGAUCAUAUAACUGUAGAAGAUACUCGGUCAUCUGUGGACAUGGAUAUCACCUCAGUGGGGACGGUAGUCACUGUGUGGAUGUGAAUGAGUGUUUGCUGGAAGAGGCUUGUCAGGGCCAUGAUUGUGUCAACCUACUGGGCUCCUUCCGCUGCGAGUGCAGACCUGGCUUCACCUUCCAUAGUGUCAUCAGACUCUGUGAAGAUAUCAAUGAGUGCAGGCACUACUCAGGACGCCUCUGUGCCCAUAAGUGUGACAACACCCCGGGGUCUUACCAGUGUUCCUGUACCACCGGCUUCAAACUGGCCAGCGAUGGCAGGAACUGUGAAGAUGUGAAUGAGUGUGAGAAUAACCCCUGCAGUCAGGAGUGUGCUAAUGUCUAUGGCUCCUACCAGUGCUACUGUCGCCGUGGUUACCACCUCAGUGAUGUCGAUGGGAUUAAUUGUGAAGAUAUAGAUGAGUGUGCCCUGCCAACCGGGGGCCACGUGUGUUCCUACCGCUGUUCCAACACCCCUGGCAGCUUCCACUGUACCUGCCCCCUCAUGGGCUACACCCUUGCCCCCAACGGACGCACCUGCCAAGAUAUGGACGAGUGUGCGACUGGUUCCCACAGCUGCAAGGCAGCGGAGGUCUGUGUCAAUAUACAGGGAGGGUUCAGGUGCCUGUCUUUUGAGUGUCCACCCAACUAUCGCCGCGCUGCAGAGGGUCGUUGUGAGCGUAUCCCCUGUGAGUUCACCCGGGGUCCCUCGUGUUUAUCCCUCCCCUUGGAAAUCUCUUUCUACAAUAUCACUUUCCCCACCAAUGUCCCGGUGCCGGCCGAUGUCUUCCGCAUGGGGCCCUCCAACUCAGUGCAAGGGGACAGCGUCCGGCUAGACAUCGUGUCGGGAGACCCGGGCGGGUUCUUCACUGCCAAGAGACAGGCCCACGGUGGAGUGAUUUCACUGCGCAGUGCCGUGUCUGAACCCCGGGACUUCUUGCUCACAGUGGAGAUGAGGCUCUCACGUUACGGGACUGCUCAUCAUUAUGUGGCUAAGAUCGCUGUGUUUGUCACCCACGAGCAGCCUGCCGAACCUCGACUACCGCUCUGAAGGCCGUUCCGAUAACCGUUCUGAAGGCCGUUACGAUAACCGCUCUGAAGGCCGUUCCGAUAACCCGGCUGUCGUAAAAUGGCUCGUCUCACGUUUGACUGCCACAACAGAAUAUUCAGCAGGACUCCCUAUUGUUGUUUUACUCCAUCCUCAGCUCCCUUUGUUCUGGGAAAGUUAUAUAACGAUGAUUCGAGUGAUGGGGCUUUACAUGUUGUGAUGUCUAAUGUCCACUAGGGGGAAAUCAUUGACAGUAUAAUAGCUUGAAUUAUUUAUUCUACCUCACCAAUCUGCCACACAGUUCGCAUCGCAGCAACGGUUGGGAUUCUUCACUUUUGUUACUUUUUAUUGUAUUUUUGCAAUUAAAAUGAAUUUGUUACACCAAGUGAUUUUUUUUUUCCUUUCCAAUUUCCCUCCUGCCCCCAGACAACCUGAUAAUAACCCUUUACAUACUGCUCUCACUGACAACGGCUACUUCUACCCGAAUAUCCAUUCAUUCUACUUCAGUCAUUCUGGGCAUUAUUAAUGGUUGGUGAUUAUUAUUAAUUCCUGCUUCCUGCUGGCCUGACUCUGCCAAACUGCCUUAAUGCAGGAUCAAGGAUGCCCCCUCUUUAGUGGAGCAAAGAAAAAUAAAGCAUGCCACCUAUUUGUGGGUACCUGGUCUCUGGCCAGUAAAGGGGGUCUCAAUUAGUGGUCUCCCAGCAUUACAGCUAAGAAGAUGGAUGAUGCUCUCAGUGUUGGUGUUGGGUGGCUAUCAAUGGGGACCGCUGGUACAUGAUACGAAAGCACAACGAGCUGCGACUGACUUGACCCAGACAACUUUUACUUUCCAGUGAUCAGGUUUUCCUUUGCAGUUUACUCUGGAUUGUCGACUACUCCUCUCAGAUUUGUGGUUUGGGAUCCGUUAAAUACAGAAGCGGUUUUAUGACGUAUGGAUGGAUAUUUCGCAUUGACAGUCUGUGGAAUAUUUGAGAAAUGUGGGAUUCCCAUUCCGGUCUCUGUUGCUUCUGAUGUAAAACGAUCAGCUGGUGGUUCACUUCUAUUCUCUCUCAUUUUCUACCCAU